UAGUGAGUGCGUCGCGCUUCUGUAGCAACGCGUCUAUCUUCAUGUGGACUCACUGAUACAGAAAAAACGGUGGCGGCGUGUUCGCCAUACCAUUGUAGCCUCGUUACCAGCUUGCAUCAGUACUUGCACCACCUGCUUCUCCGGCUUGAAUUAGACCAGCUCAUUCUGCCACGCUGAGCCGAGUGCAUCCCACAGGUUAUACCUCAAUGUUGUUGGUCAAGCAGUCUGCAUUCAUAGCUUGCACUGUCUGUCAUUCAAAAGUGUGAAAUAGUAUUUCUUUUUUGAUUGCACUGGAAUAUAGUUCCAAUGGCUUCUCAGCAGCAAACCAGGAUUCAAACAUACUUGGAAAAGAAUAGGAUCGGUCCCCUUUUUGAAGAACUGAUGACUAAGCUGAUAACUGAGACACCUGAACAGCCGAUACCAUUUCUCAUUGAUCACCUGCAGUCAAAGCAAGGCAGUCCUAGUAAGCUUCAGGGAGGUCUGUCAGGGUCCGCUGCACUCUGGGCAGAGACUGGAACGACAACAGAAAACAAAGGUACCCGUAGAGAUUCUAGAAGUUAUGAAAAGCCUUGGCAGACAAAUGCAAAAAAGCCUAAAAAGUCAAAAAGUGAUCUUGCUGUUUCUAACAUUUCUCCACCAUCACCUGAAUCCAAAUCAUUACCGCGAUCAAUAGAACAUCCUCAGUGGGACUGGCGAUCAAAACCAGAGAGUCGUGACUUUGAUGAGUUAAACCAUAUUCUUCAAGAAAGCAAGAAACUUGGAAAAGCACUAGAAAAUCUCUCAAAUAGCAUCGCUGCUGUUGGUGAACUUGAUCAGGACCUCAAAACAUACUCUUCGCUCAUGAGGCCUCGUGUAAUUGGAGAGUGGAUUGGUCGAGAAGAAAAUGAUGCAGAUCCCCUGGCAGCAGAAAUGUUACAACCACCUGUGCCAAGAAUUAAGAAUGAACAUUGGGACAGUGAAGACAGCAACACUAGCCCAUCAGGAAGCUUAAAAGUGGAACCAAAGAGUAAAGGCCUGAAGCAACAGCAGCAGCACCACAAGAAAUUGCUGGCGGCUAUGUUAUCCCAGGAUUCAUUUGACUCUGUCAACAGUGCAGCUCAAUCUGUAUCUGAAGAUGACAUUGAAGAUGAAGAUGAUGCUAUGGAGCUGCUAGAGGAUCUGGAUGACCUGAGGAUGGAAGGAGUCAGUAUGAUGCCAUCUGCAAACAAAAUGCUUCAGGGACGAGGCCUAUAUGCAGCUGAGCCCCAAGCUAAAGUAACCCUAAACAUCUGUUCACGCUGUGCUAGACUUCAAGGAGACAGCAUGAUAGAAAUACAAGAGGAUGCCCUGCAGCUGUUGCAGUCACCAGAACAAGCUGUUCCUGAUACAGCAUCUCCAGUGCCUGAGGUAGAAACGUUGAUGGAAGAGGAGGAAGAAUUUGAGAGUGCUUCUCAGGUGACGGGACCCCGUCAACCAGUCUGGGAGCUGGAUGGCAUGACUGCAAGGAAUGAGAGUUUACUAAACCAGAAGCAAUUGAAAGAAUCCUCAGCUGCAAAAGACCUGGAAGAUAUGGAAAGACAUCUUGCCGAAAUUCAAAAAGACAUUUCAAUGAUGGCUGAAGCUACACUAACCAAGUGUGCAACGAGUCCACUCAGUAGCAUUUUUCUUCAGCAAAGUGGAUUAGUUCAACCUUCACCUGUCAUUAGUUCAAGACCACAAACACCAGCAAACAAAGCUGAAAAAAGUGUUCAGCUUCAGCUCCAGACUGCAAAGUCUCUAUCUUUCACCAGCAGUAGACCACAGACACCAAUUAGCCAAAGCAGCAGGCCUCAAACACCUAAUGUCCAUGGCAGAAGCAAACCUUCAACACCUUCACUUCAAGGGAGCAGACCUGCAACCCCCAAAAGUUCAUUAUCUCGUCCUCUUACACCCAGCAGUCGUGGGGGUAAAGAUGAACUGAGUACUGGUCAAAAGAAUAGACCACUAACACCUAGCAGUCAGUUUGGAAAGUCUAUCAGCAACACAGUUGGUAUUAAUGCACAACUUGUAACGGAAGCUGUGGGAUGUGCAGUUCCUUUCAAUAAUCAUUCAGAGGAUGAGUCAUGUAGACAACUUCAAGUUUCGACACAGCCGUGGAUAUUACCAAGUGACACUGAAAGUGAAGGAGUGGAAGAACAAGAUAAACGUGAACAGAGUUUUGGCAAAGAUGCAAAAAUAACAUCAUUGUAUUCAGGUUUAUGAUGAUGACUGAAGAAAUUGGACCAAACUUCAAACUCAAAGGGCCUUUUCUUUAUCUUAUACAGAAAAAAUGUUUAAAUAUACAAUUUAUUUUUUUACCUGUUAUGCAAUAAAAUGAUUCUUAGCUACAGCAACAGGGAUUUAAAAAAUAAUUCAUUUGCUACUUAAUAUAUAAUUAAUGUUUUAGUUUAAAGUGUAUUGCUGCACUUUCCAUAGCAAAUAUAAAUAGUAAACCCUUAGAAAUGGGUGUAACCUCUUUACCAUAUAUGAUACCAAAUUAUAUAGUUUUUGAUGCAGAGUGUUAGGUUUGCAUUUAAUUUUGCUAAUAAAGAUAUUCCCUUGACAAUUUUCUUGAAGCAUAAAACACUUGUCAUGAGAAUAAGAAAGACUAAAUCCAAAAUGCCUCACUAUCUAUAUUAAUGUAUGCUGCUAUAGUUCCAGAAGUUCAGUUGUCAGUUGUCUCACAAAUCAGACACCAUAGAUUUAAAAUUAAGUUAUGUGAUGAUUUGUUACUAAAACCAAAAUGCAAGAAAGUAACUAUUAUUUCAAUGCCCUAUGUUGCUGUAAUGAUUUUCUUGGAAUGUUUCGUUUGCAUAUGUAAAGACACUGGCUUCCAUUUGGGUGUGGGUCACAAAGAAAACAUUAGUAGAGAGUGGAAAUAAAAAGUAUGCAAUGAUAUUCAUAAUUUAUAAACUACUGGCAGUUUUAACAUCAAGGUUACAUAACCUGAAAUGCAAUUAACUGUAAAUCAAAGAUAUGUGAGAAGUGCAGUAUUACACGUUAAACUUUGUGCAAGACAGGCAUAUGGUAAUCUUGUCAAGUCACUGCUUGGUGCAGUUUUACCAAGUUGCACUAAAACGCUUUACAUUUGAACUGUCAACAUUUUUUACUUAUAUUUUUGUAAUAUGUUGUCAUAUCUUGAGAUUGACAAGUAAGGUAUUGUUUACCAAUUUGUGCCAUGAAGUACCUUUAAAUAGAUCAUCUUAUGUGCCUGUGACAGAAUAGAAUUAUCAAGUAAAUUCUAGUUCUAAGAGAUAUAAACACGUUAUCCAUUUUGUGAUCUUAGUAGAAGCAUGACUCCCAAAGUUCAAUUAAAAAUUGUAAAAUUUCCUCUUUCUGCUAAAGAAUUUUGAUGUAUUUUACUUCAAAAAGAUGCUAAUGUAUAUGUUCCAUGAUCACUUAAUUUCAACAGUGUCUAUUACAUGAUAAAAAUGUUUGCCUUUGAGCUGACUAAUGGGAAAGAAAUGGGAAAGCUUUAAUGCUUGCCAUACUGCCUUGCUUGUAGUUUAAUAUUUCAUUCUUUCUACUUCCUUAAAGCCUCCUUCAGUUAACAAUACACAUUGGUUGUUUGCCAUAUUACUUUUAUUAAUUUAGCCCACUUUAAAUGUCCCUUGGUUUUGUGUAAUGUAAAUAAAACAUUUCCAAAUUUCAAAAUAAUUAAUACAAACUAAUCUGUUUUGUUAACAGAAAGCCAGCUAAAGGAUUUUUGAAUAUAUAAUAAUUAAACAUAACUAAGGUUAAAUAUCUCUGAUAACAGGUCACCACCAGUGCGUUAUCUCCUGUGAAAAUAAGCAUAGCUAGGAAAUGAAAUGUGUCAGAAUCUUCAUGGUGAAAUAUAAGCAAAAGAAAACCAUAGAAAUAAGAAAUAAAACGAGAAUAAAUCCCAUAAAACAUAAAAGUAUGUUAUACAUUACUUUCUGAAUUUGUAAUACUAAUCUUUUAGUAUCAUACUGAUUGUUAUAUAUAUCUAUAUAUAAUUUCUAUUUGUGGUAGAGGAACACAAAACCUUGUACUAAAUAUUGGAUAUGAGCUGAGAAUAUUACCAUAUCAGCAUGUUCUGUUAAGUAUAGAAGAAUGUAAGAUUUUGAAUGCAUGCUGAAACUAGAAGCUAGAGCUUGAAAUACUUUAAAAUUACAUCUUCAUUUACUAUAUUAAGGUACAAAAUGAAAGUGAUGUUAACAAGCAGGGACUGUAGUUCAAACCUGGCAGCUUAAAACCCACACACAAAAAAUUAAAAGUUCACUGAAUAAACAAUUCUAGAGUAGUAAGUGUGAGUAUCAGGUUGCAGCAAGGAAUAAAGUGCACAAGUGUUGCAAAUGAAAACCGUUUAUAUGUAAUGCAUUUCAGGAGCAAAGGGGAAUAAUCUUAUUCACCAGACUGCAUGUUUCAGACUUGGAGUCUUCAUUUAGCAUAGCUAGGAAUGACAGUAUGUACAUGUUAUGUCUGCAUAGCUAUUGUAUUGUAUUGAUAGCCCUGUGCAAUACCACUGUGCAUGUGGAAGAAACCUGGCCAACAGAUUCCAACAGAAUUGUUAUUGCACUGCAGAGCCUUUACCACCCUUCAACACUACCUCAAGUUUAGUGUUCUGAGCUAUCCCCAGUGCAAAGUCCAUAUAACAGAAUCCAGGUACCAGGCCAGAAUCUCUUAAGGCCUGCUACACUGUGUAUGAAUAAUGGGACUGAGAAAGAUUCUAUGUUAAUAAAUCCUGCUAACUAUGCACGGUGCUGUCAGAAUCUAAAUGAACAAGCUGCACAGUUCUUAUUAUCUUCAAAUACACACAAAUCUCACAUCUUCAUUUGCACAAGAACAGCAGGCUUUCAACCUGCAUAUAGUGCCAAUCCUGACAUACAGGUGGAGGUGACGGUCUUUGAUGCUGGGCAACACCACCUCUAAAACAGCCAUAACAUUAGCUGCAUGAGCCAUAACACUUUAUGCAUUCACUGUCACAACCACAAAUAUUGUGGGGGUACACUGUGAGGUUGCACUACUAAUGCACAGUCUGAAGUUUUAAAAAAAAUAAACUUUGAGUCAGACCCACUGUAAAAUUGUGAUGACUUGUAAACCACAUUACUUUGCAUACUUGUGAUCAUAGUCUGUCCAUGAAUCUCCCCAUAGCCUGCAGUACUGUACCAUGUCCUGCCUGAUGCACCAAUACUAUCAUAGAAGUGGGGCACCAACUAGCCUGUAAAGCCCAUUCAUUUGAAUGGUAUAGACAGUUACAUAAAGAUUUUAUUUUCUUGUUUAGCACCCAUCCAGACUUUUUUAGUCCCAUAGCAUUGAAGGCCCAAUUUAUAUUAGAGAAUUAUGUGUAGGGUUUUGGUACUCCUCAUUAGCCUAUGUGGCUUGAAGAAUCUUUGAAUCCUUUUUUGGAAUGGGGUAACUCAUUUCAGAAUCCAGUCCAUGGAAAUCUUUAACUAUUGCUUAAAACUAAUUUUACCCAGCCUAUUGCAGCCUGUGUUUUCAGCUUACUUAAGCAUUAUGAGUGGCAGGAUGAGUAUGUCACUUUCAGCUGUGUGACAAAAGAUCAUGAAACAUAGUACUGCAGAGUGCUGAGCAUGCAAGCACUUGUAGUACAUAAUGUACCUAAUGCACUUUACUCACGAUGUUGUACUGUAUAGCAAAAGAGCCCGUGGACAUAGUAAGAUGGCUGGCACAGGAUAGCUCCAACACCCUUCUUUUAACCACCUUGCAUGAUUGCAGAAUGAAUGACAGAAUGGGCAUGUUGAUGAUGUUUAACUGAAAAUCAGUAUGGAUCUGAAACACUGUGAUUAUAUGUAAGUAUGUCUGUUUUCUUUAUUUUGCCUCAAUAAAUGCAUGACAUUUACUGUCUA